AUUGUGAUGAAUAAUUAUUUGCACACCAUCCAUACAAUUCAUUCCAGUUGUGUGUUAUUGUGUGGUGCGUUUUUGAUUUGACGCUUAUAUUCGUGUAAAAAUGUAAACUGAGUUUCACUUACUCAUCAGCUUGACCUAGUGCAUGCAAAUUUGAAUCUUUUUUUCUCUUCGUCAUCUCAAAGAUUGUUUUAAUUCAUAUUUAUUUGGUAUGUGUUUUAACAAAAUCGCCAUUCAAUUGACGCGACAGUGUUCUUUGAAGAAGAAGAAAAAAGAAGAAGUUCUGUGGUUCAAACAUUCGGGUCAAUUUGAGUGAACAAAGACUCUAAUUGCCAUUCACACAGUCUGUGUAUGGAUACAACGAGUGACAUUUUAAUUGGCAACACUCAUUUGAUUGAUUUUUUUUUUCGUUCGUUCUGUAUUUGGUGCAAUGUCCUCUGUGCCAUAGUUCACCGUUGAGCAUAAUAUGCAAUCGGUCGAAGGCUUUUUCAUCCAUCGCCAACACAAAGGAUAAAUAAUAUCGUAUGAUAAUUUCCGUAAAUGUAUUGUGGAAAAAAAUGCAUGGAAUUUGACAUUUCAAUGACAAUUCCUACACAACAACAUCUAAAAUGUGAGCACACAAGAGAGAAACAGAGUAUUGAAGUUUCCAGUUUUGUUAUCUGGUUUUUGAGUGAAUCAGAAACUAUACGGUCAAUACAAGUAGUAAAUGCUUUUCGACUAUUUUUGGCAAAUAUUUAAAGUUCAAUCGUAUGGAAUUUUAGCGAUUUUUACAAAGAUAUUGUUGAUUUUCGAUCGUAAGCGGAUCGAUUUAAUGGAAAGUUGAGCCGAGUUUUGACAGAAUGAACAAAGAACACGAUUUACCAUAUAAAACACUGUCUGCAAAGCAAUGAAUUGUUUAUUUUGUCGCCAGUUUGAAAUUCGAUUAGAAUUCUGUGUGCAAUUUGUGGUUGUAACCGCAGAAAAAAUAUAUAUCAAUAAUUCAAAGCGAAUUAAAAAUAAUGACUCGCAAAUAACGACGAAUUGAAAGUAAUCUCUCCAUGAUCAAAACACAGCAAUCAUCAAUAAAAAGUUUAAAAAGUAGCAAAAAAAAGAGAACAGAGACAAAGAAGCCAAAACAAAGGCCACGAACAAAAAUGAUAAACAAAGUGUGUGUAUUAAAUACAAACGCGUACAAACAGCUGUAAAUAAAAGGAACGAACGAUUAUUCAAUGGAUGUUUUGGCCAAGAAGCGACAACUGUUUUCAAAUUGCACCAAUAACACGUUGGUGCGAAAGUGAUAGAAAGAGCAGAACAGACGAAAGAAAAAAAAAUAUUGAUUGCCAAUACACCGACAAUACCGAGAAUCGCACACAUCAAAGACUGAAUUGGAUCGGCGUUAAUUGAGCGCACAUGUAUGCCUUUGCAAGUGCGCGAUGGAUGACAAACUAAGCAUUAAAUCUUCUGAUUCGGUGACGACAAGCGGUGAAUAUGAAAUUGUACCCGAAGAAUUAGACACAACGCAAUUGGGUACAUCACCAACACUGAAUAUCGCAAACAACGGUAAUUUUAACGAUUUGGAGAAAAAUUUGGACGAAGUCAUUCAUGAACUGGACAAUACAACAGCAACAACCAUGGCUGACAUAGACACUACACUCACAGGACAAUCGAACAUUGAAACGGAUACUCGACGCGCUGCUAAUAAACUGGAUGAAAGCAAUACGAAUAAAGUAAUAGUUGGUGACCCGCUGUCGCUGGAGACAGGCCGACCUCAAGCAAAUUCACCGGACGCAGCGGCGAAUAAACAGAGCGACAUGAAUAAAGUCGGACAAUCGGUGUUCUAUGACUGCCUCGAGCUCAGUCCAACCGCUGAAAAACAGGAUUUCAUGAAGCCCGAACAAAGUGACACCGAUGAUGAAAUGUCUGAUAUUGAUCAAGAUUGUACAGAGUUUGCUGGAGUUACGUAUCUCGGUUCGGCCAAAAUAAACGCUCCGAAAUCGGAAAAUGAAAUUUUACGAAAUAUCAAUGAAAUGAACUCACAUUCACAGUCAAAUGGCAUGAAAGUGUCAGUAAGCAUUCCGUCUUGCUCUGAAGGAUAUGUUGUGCUGCAUGACAGCGAUACGAAAGCCGUUAUUUAUCGAUAUGAAGUGAGUCGUAUCAUUUUCUAUUUUCGUGGUCCUACUGGUAGCCCUGACCAAGCAUGCUUUGCAUUUACGUUCCAAACGGGAGAAGCAAAUGAAUUGAGCCCGUUAUUCCAUUGCCAUAUAUUCCGAUGCAAUAUUCCAGAGGCUGUUAAUCAAGUUAGCAGUUGUUUCUCGAAAGCAUUUCAGCCGCCAAUGUCGGCAAGCAUGACAGUGAGCCUGGUGUCUGGUGUUGGUGAUUUUAACAACGCAAUGACUUCAUCCAUUUUAUCGGAUGUGUCUGGCAAUCCAAUCAAUUCGGCUGGAUAUGAAUUCAUUGUUUCGCUACAAAUUCGUGAGAAAAUGGGCAAAACAUCAUACAGUGCUGUGCCACGAGAUCGAUCCGGUUUCAAACUGCGAGCCAACACAGACAAAGAGCUCACAAUUACGGUGAACCAAACGCCACCAUCGAAUUUGCCAAUGUUAUACAUCGAACGAUGUUUUGGGGUUUUGUUGAAUCCAGGCAAAUUACUGCGUCAAGCUGACAUGCAAUUACUUGAUAUGGUCUCAAUGGGCUACAACAAAACCGAGCAUCAAUUCAGUCAGAAUCUAACGACAAGCAAUCCAACGCCAUAUUCAUCGUAUAUGAUUCGAUCCGAAUGGAAGGCUAACGACAAAAACUUUGAGCAAUUGAAUGUUGAGUCGACCAAACUGAGUAUAACAGUUGCCGUUGAUUUAGUAAUUCGUGGUAUUCAAGAGCCGGUUCGUUUUGUUAUCGAAACAGCGGUAAUGAUUCAAUCACAGAACGAGAUGCGUUUGAUGGACGUAUUUAGUAGCAAAAAAUCGAUGUCACAACGAUUUUAUUUGCAAUUGAAAGACAGCGGUGAUGGAGGUUGGGAGGUUAGCUCAAUUGAUCCAUCGGAUGAAAUUGUCGAGCCAACCACUUCGACAUACGCACAACCAUCAUCGAUUCUAAAAAACUGGGGCUUCAAAUUGGUACGAUCAACUAGCACCAUUUCCAUUGAACAAGACGAAAGCCCGGGUGAUUAUAGUUCAGAUGGUGAUGAACCGCUACUUAGUGGCACCGGAGAAGUUCCACAGGAUUGUCCACAAGAUGUACUCGAAGAAUGGUAUCCGAUCAUGACACAAGAUUGGGAAGGGAAACGACCAAAGAAUCUACCGCAUUUAGUUCGGAUGGGCAUUCCAGAGAAACUCCGCGAUAAAAUGUGGCAACGUUUGUCUGGUGUGGAGAACAAUACUGAUUUAAUUGAUGCAUAUCGUAUGCUGUUAACAAAAGAAACCAACUGUGAAAAUGUCAUUCAGCGUGAUAUUAAUCGAACCUUUCCAGCGAAUAAAUUUUUCAAGGAAAUCGGCGGUUCUGGACAAGAUGCUCUCUUUAAAGUUUCCAAAGCGUAUGCUGUCUACGACAAUGAAGUCGGAUACUGUCAAGGUUUAACUUUUAUUGCGGCCAGUUUAUUGCUUCACAUGCCAGAAGAAGAAGCUUUCUGCGUUUUAGUGCAACUAAUGUACGAAUAUCGUUUGCGUGAUUUAUACAAAGAUGGCUUUGAAAUGCUUUACGUUCGUCUGUACCAAUUAAAUCGCUUAAUGAAGGAUCAAUUGCCAAAGUUGCACGAGCAUUUCGAGCAAAAUGGAGUUGAAACGCACAUGUUUGCUAGCCAAUGGUUUUUAACGUUAUUCACCGCGCGCUUCCCACUUUAUUUAGUUUUUCACAUUUUAGACGUUUUUUUCCUUGAUGGAAUGCAAAUCCUCUUCCAGAUUGCAGUGACACUGCUCAAUGAAUUCGAAAGUGAACUGCGUACACUGGAUUUUGAGGGAAUACUCAAGUAUUUCCGGGUUACAUUACCGAAACGUUGUCGUAGCACAAAUUUGGCACGUAAACUUAUGAAAAAGGCAUGCGAACGCAAAGUUAAGAAACUAAAGCAAUAUGAAGAAGAAUUUUUGGCACAAAAAGAAUUGGCCGAAAAGAAAGAAGCUGCCAUGAAAGAAUAUGAACUUCGAUUCGAAGAAGAACGUAAUAAGUAUAAAACGGAAAUUACAACGCUUCAAAUCAAAUUGAAGCAAGCAGAAGAUAAGAAUAAGCUUGAAGAAGAACGUAAGAAAACAAUAAUUGAUGACUAUAAACAGAUUAUUCAACGACAGGAACAGCAAAUGACCAAGCUAAGUGAUCUGUUGACAGCUUUGACUGAAAAGGCUGCAAAAUGUACAACAUGUUCAACGAACGAUGUGGAUCCGUCGUCUGAGCUGAGUAAAAAGAGUGAACAGUUGGGUGCAAAGCAACCGCUUAACAAUUUGGGUCCACUGGAUCCAUUGGAGAAUGCAAAGAAGCAAAUUAAAGAGCUUGAACUGGGUUUGGCUCAAACAAAACUCGAACUAGUCGAAUCUCAAUGCUGCAACCAAGAUUUAAACCAUCAGAUGAACACAUUAAUCGCCGAAAUACAAAGCGCAAGUAAUCGCAAUAGUUGGCAACCAUGGCUCGCAAAAACCAUCAGUUCAAUUCAGGAGAAAGUUGCAUCAUCGAAACGUGAUACACCAACAUUUCAAUCAUACACAUCACAGUCGACACACUCAUCAAAUAAUUCAUUGGAACAAAACCAGGUCUCACCAAGUUUACGUCCAAAAACUCUACCAAGUCCUUUAUCUAGCACCGGCCGAAUUAGCUUAGAUUUUAGCAAAUUGGAUAGCCCCACAUCAAAUAUCAUGACUGGCAAUACCAAUCCGAAGUAAUCAAUCAUACAGGAUUUUGAGCUAAUUACAUUUAAUGGCAUUUACAAACAACUCGUAUUUAUAGUGGUAGAGAUACAAUUGCGAAAACAAAAGGCUAUAUGCAAUCUAUGUCUAAAGAAACAAUGUUUUUAUUUAAGAUUUUCAUAUUGGAAAUAUAUAUGUAUACUAUAUUAUAAAUAUAUACCGAUGGAAACACC